AUGGAAAAUAAUAACCAAACUGCUCUGCCAGAUUUUAUCCUGCUGGGCUUCUCUAGCUUAUCUCAAGCACAGCUUGCCCUGUUUGUGGCCUUUGCAACAGCCUAUGUAGUAGCUCUUGUGGGUAACAUUUCUAUCAUCACAUUGAUCAGGCUCUAUCGCACACUUCACACUCCUAUGUAUUUUUUCCUGGUCAACCUCUCCUUAUUGGAUGUUUGUACCAUCACUGCAAUUGUUCCUCAGAUGUUGAGGAACUUACUCGAUGAGAAAAAGUCCAUCUCAUUCCAAGGCUGCUUAACACAGGCUUGUUUCUUUGUCAUCUUCAUGGCCACUGAACUGUUAUUGCUGGUUGUGAUGGCUUUUGACCGCUAUGUAGCCAUCUGUCACCCUUUGCGCUACACUGUCAUCAUGAACCAGAAAAUCUGCUGUUACCUGGUGAUUGGUAUAUGGUUGCUCAGUAUCCUACUUGCAAAUGUCCAUGUCCUCUCCCUCCUCCGCUUGUCCUUCUGUGGGCCCAAUGCCAUCAACCACUUCUUUUGUGAGCUACCCCCACUACUUCAGCUCUCUUGCACGGACACGACCUUGAACCAAUACCUGAUGUUGGUGACAGACCUCUUCUUGGGCUUUGGUUGCUUCCUGCUGACUCUUGUCUCUUAUGUCUACAUUGCUUCCUCCAUCCUGAAGAUCCGCUCAGUGCAAGGGAAAAAGAAGGCUUUCUCUACCUGCUCGUCCCAUGUGAUGGUGGUGACUCUUUUCUACAGUUCACUCAUUUACACCUAUGUUAGACCUCCAUCCAUGUACCUGGACAUGGACAAAUAUGUAGCUGUAUUGUACACAGUGAUCACCCCUGUUCUCAACCCUCUUAUCUACAGUCUUAGGAACAAAGAAGUGAAAGAGGCAUUCAAGAAGUUUGUAAGGCUAAACAGAGACUAA